GUUUUCAAUUGCAAACAAACCAUCUAACAGCAGUGAAAAUGAUCAUCCUUUUGGCAGUCACUAUAUUGGCUUUCCUUUCGCUUAUGGCUGCACUGUAUAUCAUCUUGGAGCUCAUAUGGACAGUGAAUGCACUGUAUACCUUAAUCAUCAAUGCACUGUGUGCCUUCAUCAUCAGUCGACAGACCGAAUCACCAACUCGGCAUUCGGCUGAUAACCUGAAUAUGAUUGAACCUGACUUUGCAUGCACUAACCAGCAUGCACUUCCCCGACCUGUAAUUGACGAUGGAUUUCCGACUGCCAGCGGAGAAGACUUGAACAACCAAAGUUUUCUUCGUUUGAUGGACGAAAACAACCUGAUUGUAUUGGAAAAUGAACGCCUGGAGAAUGAGUUGAGUCUAGUUCAAUCACAACUGACAGACUCCUCAUCAAAGCUGCAAAUGUUUCAGAACGUACACGACGAGUUGGCAACUACCAAAAGUGAACUCGAAGAAAAAAAAAUUGAAAUGACUGACAUGACAGAGAAAAAUCUUCGCUUGGCAAAUUAUGAUUCGCGUCUAAGACGAAAAAUUGAAGACAGGGAUAGACUGAUCGCAUCCAGUCGGGCGGAAUUGGAAAAUCUCCGCGUUUGCCUUGCCGAACAACAAUUAGACACGCGCGAGUUGGCCGUGAAUACACGUGAGCUUGAGUCAAAGAAUAGAACCAUUUCUGAACUCGAAGCGAAAAAUGUCACCUUGGACGAAAACGAUUCACAACUGAGGCGAAUUGAAGAGCCCAGCACUCCAGUCAUUGAAAUCCCCGAAAUCGAAACUGCAUGUUUAGCAUCCAGUCGAGCGAAUGAGAAUAAUCUAUUUGUUUUGGAUAAAGAACGUUUGGAGAAUGAGUUGAGUCUGCUUCAAUCACAAUUGACAGACUCCUCAUCAAAGCUGCAACAGUACCAAAAUGUACAAGACGAGUUGGCAACUACCAAAAACGAACUCGAAGAAAAGAAACGUGAAAUUACUGACAUUACAGGGGAAAAUUUCCAUUUGACAAAAGAGAAUUCGGGUCUAAUGCGAAAAAUUGAAGCCAGAGAUCGACUUAUCGCAUAUAAACGAACGAAAUUGGAGCAACUACAUAAUUGUUAUGAAGAAAAAAAAUUGCACAAGGUGCACAAUGAGCUAGCUUCAAGUCAACGUGCUCUGGUAUCCAAAAACAGAGCCAUAAUUAAACUUCAAGAGCAAAAUCAAGAAAGUCGAGCAGAAUUGGAGAAACUGCGGACUUGCCUAAGUGAACAACAAUUGGACACCUCGCAGUUGACCGUGGCUACACGUGAGCUGGAGUCAAAGAAUAAAACCAUUUCUGAACUCGAAGCAAAAAAUCUCCGUUUAUCCGAAAAUGAUUCACAGCUGAGGCGAAAAAUAGAAGAAACCGAUCUUCUUCUUUUAUCCAGUAAGGCGGAAGUGGAAGAAGUACGAGUAUCCCUUAGCAACCAGACAGACACAAUCGAGCAACUACUGGAUCAAGUAAAAAGUCUAGAAAAGGAAAAAGACGAGGCCCUCCAGAAGUUGGCAGAAAUGGAAAAUAAUCAGAAACAAAUGAAACCAAAGUUGACAGUGGACGUUGGAUGCAGCACCGAUGAGGAGGUAUUCAACCAACUCCAAAUCGAAGAGCCCAUCAUCCCUCCAGUCACUGAAAUUACUGAAAUCUUAACGCCAUUCUUAGCUUGUAAUUCCACUGCAGUUCAAGCUAAACCACCACUGACCGAACCACAGCCUCUAGUAACUGACGCAAUGGAGAAUACCCCGGCCAACACCUUUAAUGAAAAGAAAGCCGUCAAGCAGUGUACUGAACAACCGCAGGAUGCAUUACCCGAAUUUUCCAUCACAACCACUAUAGAAAAAGAAGUCUACGUCGAUCGAAUUGUCGUGACUGGGAUAGCGAAUAAGGAUUGCGGGCGAGUUAUUGGACGCCAUGGAACAAAUGUAAAAAGGCUAGAAAAUGAAUAUUGGGUAAGUGUCUACUUUAUCAAUGGGAAUCUUUUCAUCACCGGCGGAGAUGCUGAAAGCCGACUGGCCGCUUGCUCCGACGUUAUCGACAACCUGCCAGUCACCAUCGAGUGUCCUACAAUCAAUUUGAGAAGAAACAUUUUUUACGAGGAUUAUUUGUUGAGAGAAUUAGCGUUUAAUCAUAAUGUACAGAUUUAUCGUCCGUGUAGAGAAAAUAAGUACGUCACCAUCUGGGGUACGCUAGCCAAUUGCAAAAGAGUUUAUGAAAUUCUACAAAACGGAACUCGCUAGUUUUUGAUUAUUUUUUUUUCUUAAAUUAAAAUUAAGUUACAAUUGAAGCUGGACGUCAGUUUUGCCUAUCAGUAUAGUUGUCAUCUUGCGAUGACGUUACCUCCUCUCGUGACAAUCCAAAGGGAUUGAUGGAUGAACCCGUCGACGGAGUUGGUGAGCUGGUCGCUGGUGUGAUGUGAGUGAAGACUUUCGAAAUUCCUGGCACUUGUGUACGAGUUGAGUUAUCAUGACUUCUCUAUACACGGUGAAAGGAAUUAGAUCAUCUUCACUCGCACGCCAGUGUACAGUUGACUAACACCUUGACGGGGGAUUUCAGUACCCUCAAACGAGUCCAUCAGUUUCUAACGUGCGUUGCGGGUGGAGGUAGCCGAGCAAGAUGACGACUAUUAUCGAUGGUAGGGCUGGUCCAGUAGUUUCUUUUGUUUACCCUUUGAUUUUGUUUUUCCCUCUCUUUUUCGAUUCAAAUAAAUUUCAUUUUUAAAUUUCAAAUCUUUUAGUUUCGUUGUGUCAUUCAUUUUACUAGACCAAGGGGAAAAAGAAAAAACUGAUUCCUAGCUGAUUUUAUGUUGAAUAUUAAACGAAAAUGGUAAAAAGGAGAAAACGUCAACAAGAGGUUGUCGUAUUUGCAAUGUCUAGACUUUUUUUUUUUCAUCAAAGCGAAUAUUGAGGAGGAAUAAAAAAGUCAAGAAGCAGAGUCACAAGAUCUUGACGAAAAGAUGAAACGAUUUACUUUUGAUUAAUGAGAACGAACAAAAAAGGUCUUCGUCUUGUGCUGUUCGGCUAUUACACGACAAUGUGGAAGGCUAGUUUCGGGCAAUUCGGCAAUAAAACUGUUAUGAAAAUGGCGAUAUUGAGCUGUCAACAAUUUACAAUUUGUGAUGGAACGCCAUCAACAGAAAACCUUGGGGAGCAACGUCGAAAUUCCCGACACGGAAUUGAUUGGCGAUUAUUCCUCUUUUGAAAAUCGGCAAGGUUUAUUCGUGCCAUAAAGUGACACAAUGAAGAAAAGAUAAUUAAAGAGCAAAGUUUUUCCCCCCCAGCAGCGCCAAACCUUUUCCAAGAACGAAAGACAACCAGAACGCAAAUAAGUCCUUUCAAGAACGUGGACAAGAAAAUCAAUUCAAUUAUAUAGGGAAUAGGGAUGGAACCUUCCACCAAAAUGGAGAAAAAGCUAUACACAUUAUCCUCGU